CGGAGCGGACUCAACGAGGAGCCCGGAGUCCGGAUCGCAACAGCGCCGGACGGGACGGAGCGAUGUCGGGCCGAGGCGCGGGCGGGUUCCCGCUGCCCCCGUUGAGCCCUGGCGGCGGCGCCGUUGCCGCGCCUCAGCACUGGGCCGUUCACAUCCCACUCCCCCCUCCCGGUACCCCACUGGUCCCUCGGGUUGGGGGAGAAGAGAGCACAUGCUGGCACCACCUGAGGGCCCCCAGAGUGCCUGGAAGCCUGCUGGUCCCAGGGAGCCAGGGCAGAGCAUGCUGGGGCUGGAAGGUGGCUGUGGGCCCUGAAAAACUCCCCCAGGCCCUUCCCUCUGCUGGCAGGAUUCUCCGCCCACCCUCUGGGUUCUGGCAGGCCUCAUUCGCUGGCACGGCUGCCAGGGCGGUUGAAGGGGGUGGGGCAGGUGUGGUUUACACUUCUGCUCUCAGGCGCCUGCUCCCCUUUGUUCCUGCCCCUCCAGCCCAGGCUCAGCGGGCUCCACAGUGUGCUGCUCUGGGCCUGACCUGGCUGAGGAGCGGGAUGGAGGGAAUGGGCUAUGGGCCCCGUAGGACCCUGCCGCUGACCUAUGCGCCCCCAUUGGCUCACUUUCCCCAGCGGCCUGGCAUGUCACCUGGGAGCCGGAUGCCCAUGGCUGGCUUGCAGGUGGGACCCCCUGCCGGCUCCCCAUUUGGCACAGCUGCUCCACUUCGGCCCGGCAUGCCACCCACCAUGAUGGACCCAUUCCGAAAGCGCCUGCUCGUGCCCCAGGCCCAGCCCCCGAUGCCUGCCCAGCGCCGGGGGUUAAAAAGGAGGAAGAUGGCAGAUAAGGUUCUACCUCAGCGAAUUAGGGAACUUGUCCCGGAGUCUCAGGCGUACAUGGAUCUCUUGGCUUUUGAGCGGAAGCUGGACCAGACCAUUGCUCGCAAGCGGAUGGAGAUCCAGGAGGCCAUCAAAAAGCCUCUGACGCAAAAGCGGAAAUUGCGGAUCUAUAUUUCCAACACAUUCAGUCCCAGCAAGGCAGAAGGAGAUGCUGCGGGAACUGCAGGGACCCCCGGGGGAACCCCCGCAGCAGACAAGGUGGCUUCCUGGGAACUGCGAGUGGAGGGCAAACUGCUGGAUGAUCCUAGCAAACAGAAGAGAAAGUUUUCUUCGUUCUUUAAGAGCCUAGUCAUUGAGCUGGACAAGGAACUCUACGGGCCCGACAACCACCUGGUGGAGUGGCAUCGGAUGCCCACCACCCAGGAGACAGACGGCUUCCAGGUGAAAAGACCUGGAGACCUCAAUGUGAAGUGCACCCUUCUGCUCAUGCUGGAUCAUCAGCCUCCCCAGUACAAGCUGGACCCCCGGUUGGCGAGGCUGCUGGGGGUGCACACACAGACGAGAGCUGCCAUCAUGCAGGCCCUGUGGCUUUACAUCAAACACAACCAGCUGCAGGAUGGGCAUGAGCGCGAGUACAUCAACUGCAACCGUUACUUCCGCCAGAUCUUCAGCUGUGGCCGACUCCGUUUCUCCGAGAUCCCCAUGAAGCUGGCGGGGUUACUGCAGCACCCAGACCCCAUUGUUAUCAACCACGUCAUUAGCGUGGACCCUAACGACCAGAAGAAGACGGCCUGUUAUGACAUCGAUGUGGAGGUGGAUGACCCGCUCAAGGCCCAGAUGAGCAAUUUCCUGGCUUCUACCACCAAUCAGCAGGAGAUUGCUUCCCUUGAUGUCAAGAUCCAUGAGACCAUUGAGUCCAUCAACCAGCUGAAGACCCAGAGGGAUUUCAUGCUCAGCUUCAGCACUGACCCCCAGGAUUUCAUCCAGGAAUGGCUGCGCUCCCAGCGCCGUGACCUCAAGAUCAUCACUGAUGUAAUUGGGAACCCUGAGGAGGAGAGGCGAGCCGCUUUCUACCACCAGCCCUGGGCCCAGGAAGCAGUGGGGAGGCACAUCUUUGCCAAGGUGCAGCAGCGAAGGCAGGAACUGGAACAGGUGCUGGGAAUCCGCCUGACCUAACUGCUCAGGGAUCCCUCCUCUCCCAGCCCCAGGAGCCCCCCAGCCUGAAAGGGGACCACUGUCUGGGGCCGCAGGCAUGUAGGAUAGGGAUGGGGUGAGGGGUGUGUGUCACCCUCUGCUCCCCAGCUGUAGUUGCGUUAAGCAUAGUGAUAGCCCUUGUUGCUUGGUCCCCAAAGCCUUAGUACUUACUUUACACGUUGUCUUUAACUGGGUUCACAUCAGUCCUUCUGCCCCCUGCAGGCAGGCCCACGGGACUGCUGGAGGCUGUGCUUUGACUUGCCCCAGAGACAUUUCAGAACCAAAGGCCACUGGCUUUGCUUGUUUACAGACUCCCCCUUGGGGCAAGGGGAGCUGGGCAAGAAAGAGGGGGAGCACAGCUCCCCCUCUUCUAGCCUUUCUAAACCAAAGUUCUUUGCCAUUCCUACAAACCCAGCCUCGCUGCUGGUUUUUUUCCUUUGGGUAUUUGCACUAUUUGGGGAGCAGAUUUUUCUAUGUGGGAGCCACUUUUUUUGUACGGGGGCAAGUUGGGGUCUUUCAGGGAGCCCUGUUUGGUGCCCCCUUGUUUUCUUUCCUCAAUCUAUGCAAGCGGCUCUAGCCGCCAUCAUCUCCUGGGAAGCAGAGGGCUGCUGCCCCAGCUACUUGGGCCCAGGGUGGUAAAGCCUCCUGGAGGGAGGGGAUUCCAGUUUUCUGGUGUGGCUGAAGUAUGGGUGUUGGUGUUUGGUGGAGGGCAGUGAAGGGAAGAGGGGGGAAGACUGUUGCCCUUUGGAGCUUGGUAAGGAGGGUGGGCCUAGGGCGUGCAAAGGUGCCACUUCUGGCAGGUUUGGAAAAUUCCAAAUAAAUCCUUUUGUUUAUUGGUG